ACAAUAACUGUCCCUUUGAAACCACAGAUCAUAUCAAGAAAUUGUUAAAAAGUCAAUCAUUCAAGCAAAAACCACAUGACACAGAGUCUGGGACAAAUGGGUAGUUUAUCUGACACUUAGGCAGCUCCGCCACUGAGCGGAGCAUUCGAGGCACGCUUCUCUCUUCACAGCGCAUAACGCCUUCGCUACUUCGGAGCCCUCCAAGCGCUCAUCAAUUUCCAGCAAACAUAAAAGAAAAACCUCUCACACUUUAGCCAAAACAACACUUUUUUCUUUCCUUCUCUUUUCUGCCUUUUGUUUCGCAGAGGUCUCGAGUUCGAAUCCACUCAAACGAAAAUGCAGGCGAUUCAGUGCUCUCUGUCUUCGUCUUGUGGUUUUACUAGCAAUUCAAAGGCUAAGGCUCCUCUCGGCAUUUGCAAUGGUGUCGUAGGGCCUGCGCAGCUGUCUUUUUGCGGCCUCCGUAAGGAGGUUUUGGGAGUGGAAGGACGAAGGGCUUUUUCGACGGAACAUUUUGUUUCGUUGCGAAAGCAGUUGAGAAGAGCGGGAUCGCAGAGGAGGAAUGGUGUUGUUAAGAUUUCUGCUGCUGCUUCGAAUAACGGAGGCGCUGUUUCUGCGCCGUUUGAUUAUGAUGUUGUUAUUAUUGGUGCUGGCGUUGGAGGCCACGGCGCUGCACUUCACGCUGUUGAAAAGGGUCUCAAGACAGCCAUUAUUGAAGGAGAUGUUGUUGGAGGAACUUGUGUAAACAGAGGUUGUGUUCCUUCGAAAGCACUUCUUGCUGUGAGUGGUCGCAUGCGUGAACUUCAAAGUGAACACCACUUGAAGGCAAUGGGAAUACAGGUUGCAGCAGCAGGCUAUGACAGACAAUCUGUUUCAGAUCAUGCAAACAAUCUUGCAUCAAAAAUUAGAGGAAAUUUGACAAAUUCAAUGAAAUCUCUUGGUGUAGAUAUUUUAACAGGAGUUGGUACUGUCUUGGGUCCACAUCAAGUGAAAUAUGGUAAAGUUGGCUUCCCUGACAAGAUAGUGACUGCUAAAGAUAUUAUCAUUGCGACAGGUUCUGUUCCUUUUGUCCCCCCAGGCAUUGAAAUUGAUGGCAAGACUGUAUUUACUAGUGAUCAUGCCCUGAAGUUGGAAUGGGUACCAGACUGGAUUGCUAUAGUAGGGAGUGGCUAUAUUGGGCUUGAGUUCAGUGAUGUCUACACUGCACUUGGGAGUGAGGUUACAUUUGUUGAAGCGUUGGAUCAGCUUAUGCCUGGUUUUGACCCGGAAAUAGGGAAACUGGCCCAAAGGGUGUUGAUCAACCCACGAAAAAUAGAUUAUCACACUGGUGUCUUUGCAAAAAAGAUAACACCCGCAAAGGAUGGAAAACCUGUAACUAUAGAGCUUAUUGAUGCAAAAACAAAGGAGCCAAAGGAUACCUUGGAGGUAGAUGCAGCACUGAUUGCUACAGGACGUGCACCAUUUACAAAGGGCUUAGGCCUUGAGAAUAUUAAUGUAGCUACACAGCGGGGUUUUAUUCCAGUUAAUGAGCGUAUGCAAGUUGUUGAUGCAAAUGGAGGCAAGGUUCCUCAUCUCUAUUGCAUUGGAGAUGCAAAUGGAAAAAUGAUGCUUGCUCAUACCGCAAGUGCGCAAGGGAUCUCAGUCAUUGAACAGAUUUCUGGGAGAGAUAAUGUUCUUAAUCAUUUGAGCAUUCCAGCGGCUUGCUUCACUCAUCCAGAGAUCAGCAUGGUUGGCUUGACAGAGCCACAAGCAAGGACAAAGGGUGAGGAAGAGGGCUUCAAAGUGAGUGUAGCUAAGACAAGCUUCAAAGCCAAUACAAAGGCACUUGCUGAGAAUGAAGGAGAGGGUAUAGCAAAGUUGAUAUACCGUCCAGACACUGGAGAAAUUCUUGGCGUUCACAUUUUGGGCUUGCAUGCAGCUGAUCUUAUUCAUGAAGCAUCCAAUGCUAUUGCUCUGGGAACAACAGUUCAGGAUAUAAAAUUUGCUGUUCAUGCACAUCCGACAUUAUCUGAAGUGCUUGAUGAGCUUUUCAAACAUGCCAAGGUUGAGCAGCCUACUCCUCAACCAGUGCAUGCAGAACCUGUUGCAGCCUAGGAAAAGCUUUAUCAACGUAUCUUCUCUGUCAGAUAUUGCAGUCAGUUAUGAGAUGCAUGGAUGCAUGCUGAGCUAAGGUGUAUCCAGCAAUGUUGGCUUGAAUGCAUGGUUCCUUGUUACACCAUAUUAAGUAUCUAAUAAUAGAGGCAUAUUGCCAAGUAGAAUUAUGCUGAUGCAUUUGUUUAGUUCAAUUGAAAUAAGAUCCUGCUUGGACGGUUAUAUAUUUCUUCUAUGUUGUAGAGUUAGUUCUCCGAGUUAUAGUGCUUCCAAGGUGUUCAAAAGGACCCUUGUACAAAUGACGGAACAGGAAAAUAGCGUGCACUUUUCUACUGAUUCUUGCUAUGAAAAGCAAGAGCUUUGGCUAAUUUAAUUCCAUUUUUUCUACUCGUAA